AUGAGCGAACAAGUGUUCGUGACGACAAGCGAUGCUAAAACGAUUAAAGCUAUUUCUGUGGAUUUAGAAACGUUUGCGGUGAGCGAUGUGUUGUCCUCUUUAAUGGGUGAUAGUGAUGAUGGUCGAAACCUGGAGGGGAUCAAUUUGCGCUCAACGCGUACCGGGCAAAUGUUUCCAAUUUCAUUUUCCAACAAGAACAACAACCAUCAUCUUCAAUCGUCGUCGUCUUUACCAUCGUUGCGCCAAUUAGGCGUUCAGAACAACGACCACUUUAUCCUUCACGUCUCUUUACUCGGCGGUGGCGGCGAUGGCGGCGCGACCGGAGCGGAAUCCAGAUCUGCCUAUCUCGAGAUGUACAACGACAAUCCGUUUGCGAAAAAGAAGGAAACUUUGGGCGGGUUUGUGAGCUUUUCGAGUCAAUCGACGGUGAGAGAUUUCGAUAAGAAAGAAGACGAGCUGUCGAGAUAUUUCAACUGUUCGCUGACGGAGGAGAUGUUAGAUUCGACGAUCGAGGAUGGAAUAGUCGUCGAUUUGAUUGGAAACUUGUACAAUAAAGAGGCGGUGUUGAAGUGUUUGCAACGCAAAGCGGUGGAGAAGACGCCGUUGCCGAUGAGGAUUGAACACGUGACCGGGUUGAAAGCACUGGUGACGUGUAAGUUUCACAAAAAAGAAGAAGAAGCGAAGGAAAAGAUGAAUAAGAAGAAUAAAGACGAUGUUCACAAAAAGAAUAACAGUUUUCGACCGACGAUUGAGAAAGGAGUGUUUUCUUGUCCUCUGACCGGGUUGGAUUUCAACGGCAAGACGAAGUUCGUCGUGUUGCGACCGAGCGGCGUCGUCGUCUCUGAAAAAGCCAUUCGAGAGGCGAAAGAGAGUUGCGAAGAGAUGAACGAUGGAGUGAGCUUGAAAGACGCUCCACCAUUUAUUCCUAUUAAUCCAACUGGAGAUGUUUUGGAGGCUAUGAAAGAACAGUUGGAGAAGGAAAACUUGAUGAAGAAGGAAAAGAAGGAGAAGAAGAACGCGAAGAAGAAGAAGAACAAUAAAGCUGAUAAUGUGGGUGAUAAUGACGUAGAAGAAGAUAGCACGAACAAUAACAAUAAAAGAAAGAACGGAUGCGACGACGUGAGCGCAGAGCAGGCGAAGAAAUCGUUCAAAGCGACCGAUCCAAAGCACAUGCCGCAAGGCGCCACCGCCUCCGUGUACUCCUCUUUAUUCACUUCGAGCACGAAACCGGAAGAUCAAAGGAAGGAAACGUUUCUGGCGAGAUCCACGCGAUUUUAA